GUAAUUGAUACUUUGGAUGAUUUUCCGCGGCUGACAGCACAUACAGGUGCGCCUGGGCUUUCGCUUGUGCGUAAUUUGCGGGCCAGCGGGGGGGGGAGAACUGCGCGUUUGACGCCGUGCGAAUGCGUAAAUGUCUCGGCGUUGGAGAGAGAAAUGCGCGUGUACGGCGGAGUGGCAUGUGUCCGCGCGAACACAGCGGCGCACCAACAAGCUGCUGUAGCCCGUAGCGGAUUCACGCGAAUGGAGAAGGACGGCUUGGUUUUCUGCAACAACACAGACGGAGAGAGAGAGAGGCAGAGAGAGAGGGAGAGAGAGCGGAGCUGCAGGAGGAGUCUGUGAGGCAACAUCUCACGGAGAAGAAGGAUUGAAGAGUCACAGAUGUGGCGAGGGUUUUUUUAUUUUACAGUCUCCUUCCAGCCGAAGCCUGAGCUGCAGCCUCCACCUGACAGAUGUGUGGCACAACAACUGCAACCCACAGAGUGUCUCCUGUCGAACCUGCUGCUGAUCUGCUGUGGAGUUCUGAGGCUGCUACAGCGUCAUCAUCACAAUAACAACAUCAUCAUCAUCAUCAUCUGCCACGUCAAAGGUGACAAAGACACACGAGGAAGGAGGUGGUUUUAGGAGAAGGACCAUGUCCACGAUGACUCCAGCAGAGCUUCUUUGCUGAUUGAGGACAACCAGAGUGAUUUGCUGACUUGAGCUUUUUUGUGUGUGUGUGUUUGGGGCUGAUGGGAAUGUCGCGGCGUGUCAGCUGACUGACAGGGACUCAGUGGUGUUCUAGCCCGGGACACGGCCAGCGGCGGGAGGCGAUGGCUCGUCCAGGGUCGGGGUUGCUGGUGCCCGUCAAUGGAAUGGGGUAUCCGCCUCAGAACCUGGCCAGGGUGGUGGUCUGGGAGUGGUUGAACGAGCACGGGCGCUGGAGACCCUACAGUGCGGCCGUGUGUCACCACAUAGAGAAUGUACUGAAGGGGGAUUCCCGAGGCACCGUGGUCCUGGGGCAGGUGGACGCCCAGCUCGCUCCUUACAUCAUCGACCUGCAGUCCAUGCACCAGUUUCGACAAGACACAGGCACCAUGAGGCCAGUGCAGAGGAACUUCUACGAGCCCUCGUCUGCCCCGGGUAAAGGCGUGGUGUGGGAGUGGGAGAACGACAGCGGCUCAUGGACGCCUUACGACAUGGAAAUUUGCGUGACCAUCCAAAACGCCUACGAGAAGCAGCACCCCUGGCUGGACCUGACCUCUCUGGGCUUCUGCUACCUCAUCGACUUCAACAGCAUGUGUCAGACCAACAGGCAGAGCCAGCGCAAGCGGCGUCUGCGGCGGCGCAUGGACCUGGCCUACCCGCUCAUCAUGGGCUCCAUUCCCAAGUCGCAGUCGUGGCCCGUGGGAGCCAGCUCUGGCCAGCCCUGCUCCUGCCAGCAGUGCAUCCUUGUCAACAGUACAAGAGCCGCGUCCAAUGCUAUUCUGGCCUCUCAGCGGCGAAAGCUCUACGGAGCAGCGGCAGACAACGCAGUAGGUGCAGGAACCCUCACGGUAGUGCGACAAAGCAACACCUUCGCUGGGACCUCCCUCUGGUCUUCGGCAUCGGCUCCCUCCGGCACCAACAACAACAACAUUAGUGUGGGAGGCGGCCACGCCAAAGCCGAACAGGUGCAUUUGCCACUGUCCACUGCCAACUUCCCGUGUUCCCCCGUGAUGCCGUCGCUUUCAUCCGCCCAUGGCCACCACGCGCUCACCAUCAACGGACAGAACAACCUGAACCGGCCGGGCACCCAGCGCAUUUCCAUGGGCACUGCCAGAGGAGCAAUACCACCAGGGGUUCCUGCCCUCCCAGUGAAGAAUCUGACCGGAUCUGGACCAGUGCACCCAGCACUAGCGGGUAUGACAGGUAUCCUGAUGUGCGCUGCAGGUCUGCCAGUUUGCCUGACUCGGGCGCCCAAGCCCAUACUGCACCCGCCGCCCGUCAACAAGAGUGACAUGAAACCCGUGUCGGGGAUCAACGGCAUGCGCCGCAAAACCAAGAAGAAGCACCUGAGGAGAGGUAAAAACCCGGAGGAUGUGGUGCGGAGGUACACGGAGAGGAUUAAAGUCAUGCCAGACGAGGACUGUACCAUCUGCAUGGAGAGGCUGGUCAUGUCAUCCGGCUAUGAAGGUGUCCUGCAGCACAAAGGCAUUAAGCCAGAGCUGGUAGGCAAACUUGGCAAGUGCGGGCACAUGUACCAUCUGCUGUGCCUGGUGGCCAUGUACAACAACGGCAAUAAGGAUGGCAGUCUUCAGUGCCCAACAUGCAAAACCAUCUAUGGGGAGAAAACAGGCACUCAGCCUCCUGGGAAGAUGGAGUACCACGUCAUUCCCCACUACCUGCCCGGCUACGCAGACUCCAGAACCAUCCGCAUUGUCUACGACAUUCCUGCUGGGAUCCAGACCAAUGAGCAUCCCAACCCCGGCAAGAAGUUCAGUGCGAGAGGGUUCCCUCGACACUGCUAUCUCCCUGACAACGAGAAAGGCAGGAAGGUCCUAAAGCUGCUGAUCAUGGCCUGGGACCGACGCCUCAUCUUCACCAUCGGCACGUCCAGCACCACGGGCGAGUCAGACACAGUGGUGUGGAACGAGAUUCACCACAAGACAGAGUUUGGCUCCAACCUGACCGGCCACGGUUACCCUGACCCCAACUAUCUGGACAACGUCCUGGCAGAGCUGUCGGCUCAGGGGAUCGGCGAGGACAACCUGAAGGACUGACGCCCGCCUGCGCCGGUACAACGGGAACACAACACACCCUCUCACAGAGAACAGGGACACAGGACGAUGAGCUGACGUGCAGCCGACGACACUUUACUCCUCAGAAAACAACAAGUUCCCUGCAGACGUGGCGGCCCGAGAGCAAAGGAAGAAGAAGAAAUGCCGUGGUUAUGAAUAUUGUUUAGAUUUGAAAAGGUGUAAAAGUGUCCCCAGUGAUGUGAGCAUGCUGCGUUCAUGCCAGAGUUUCUCUGGGGUUUGAGAAAUGUAAAGAAACAGGUGGAGCAUCCGUUCCUCUAGUGGAGGCUGAAGGUUCAUGGUAUUUAAGCCCUUUUUCAAUUUAAAUUCACGCCGUCUCUCUGCACCUGGAAGUCAACGACGAGGGGCCACAUUUCUACAAAGGCAUAACUGUAAAUGUAUGGCCCAGACUAACACUGCGUGAUGAAUGUAGAGCGAGUCACUUCAUCAGCUUUUGCUUGAUACUGUGACGAUACAAUGAGGAAAAUACCUGUUUCCUCCUUGUAUUUAUAACUAUGAUCAUUCAUUAUUGACCUUUAACAAGUGGUCGCGUUGGGGGUUAUGUGAUUUAAGGACGAAGAUCGUGACUCUCCGGAGAUGCUGAAUCUGACGUUUUCAGGAGGCGACUCCAAAGAUCACUCGCUCUGUGAAAUGGGCGUCGUGCAUGCAGAGGCUUCCGCGGACAUAAAGGCGAUGAAGUGUUAGUGUAUUGGUGAUAAAUGUAUGUUGUGUGGUCGAUGAAACGAGCGUCUCACGGGCUGCAGGUGAUGCCGAGCGCCAAGGUUGACCUUAUCCGUUUUGACGACGUGCUGAUGAAGCCGACCUCCCCGUCAAAGCGAUAUAUGCCACGCGUAGUGUAUAUAUACACGGGGGUGUGUUAUUGUGCCUUCUGAGGCACAAACAUGUGAGGUUCAGUCCAAAAUAGGAAAAGCUUCUUCUAUAUGGACACUCCCCCUUCCCUUUAUGAACACACACAACAGUUUCCCCCAAUGGCGAUCUCUCUUCCUGCUCACCUGCAGUUUACUCGUCUCCUGUGAGCUUGUUUGUCGGAACAUCUCACUCCCUGCAGAAGCUCUGCACCCAAGAGUUGUUUGGGCUGAUUCUGAUGUAUGGCUUUGUCUCCUCCUCCUCCUCCUCCUCCUCCUCCUCUCCUCGGC